AUGGCGUACGCCGCACGUCCCCGCGCGUCCGGCUAUCAGUCCGUCCGGUACAGCUCCGACAUAGCAAACGCUACGGACACAGCCAAGACUCCGCUCUUCCAGCUCCAUGAGGCAUACGGUGCCAAAUUCGUCCCUUUUGGGGGCUUCAGUAUGCCUGUCCAGUAUAGCGACCUAAGUGUCGGUGACUCUCACAACUGGACGCGUGAGAAAGCCAGUCUAUUUGAUGUCAGCCACAUGGUGCAGCAUUAUAUUUCUGGACCUGGUGCCGCUGCCUUCCUUGAACGCAUCACUCCCUCAUCCGUCUCCGUUCUGCAGAAUCACCAUUCAACCCUUUCCUGCCUCCUCCAUCCCACCAGUGGCGGCAUUGUCGACGACACUAUCAUCACGAAACUCACUCCCGAAAAAUUCUACAUAGUAACCAAUGCUGCCUGUCGCCAAAAAGACUCGCACUAUCUUGGCCAGGAGCUCAAAAAUUGGAGGGAGCAGAAGCAGCCCGAGGUACAGUGGGAGACUCUUGACGGACGGGGUCUCAUCGCUCUACAGGGCCCGCUCGCCCAUGAAAUUUUAUCCGCUGUCCUGCCCAGUAAAUCCGGCGACCUGAAAACCCUCUAUUUUGGGCAAUGCAAACAGCUUACUUUUCAUCUGCCCAGCGGUCAGGCUGUUGGGGACGUCAUCGUCUCACGCGGCGGCUACACAGGUGAGGAUGGCUUUGAAAUUUCCAUCCCGGGCCCGGAGACGGCGAGUAUCACAGAAAUGCUCCUGGAGUCGGCAGGCCCCGAGAAACUGCGACUCGCCGGCAUUGGUGCCCGUGACAGCCUUCGGCUUGAAGCAGGUAUGUGUCUUUAUGGCCAUGAUCUUGACGAUACGACCACCCCAGUCGAAGGGGCUUUGUCGUGGAUCAUCAGUAAGGAUCGUCGCGAAAAGGGCGGUUUCCAUGGUUCAGACGUCAUUUUAGGUCAGCUCAAGCCGAAAAAGGAUGGGGGUUCAGGUGUGAGCAGAAGAAGGAUUGGAAUGGUUGUCGAAGGUGCACCGGCGAGAGAGGGCGCAGAAAUUGUCGAUGAGAAUGGUGAUGUCGUUGGGAAAGUUACUAGCGGUUGUCCCAGCCCAACUCUGAAGAAAAAUAUCGCCAUGGGCUAUAUCAGAAAUGGGCUGCACAAGAGCGGCACCGAGGUACACGUCAUCGUCAGAGGAAGAAAAAGAAAGGCGGUAAUCACAAAGAUGCCGUUUGUACCAUCAAGGUACUGGAAGGGUGGAGCAACGCCUGGGUGA